UGCUGCCACACACAGCCUUGUACCAGCGGGACCUGCAGCGCAGCGGCCGGCGGUAUGGAGUGAGCGGCAGACAGCGAGCUGAACCAUGGAGCUGAAGACAUCGCCCUCAGCCUCCCUCGACAGCAAGCGGUCGCUGAGAAGCUAUGGGGCGGUGGAAGAGACCGAGUGGAGCAGACUGACGGUGGGGAAAGUUGCUGACCAGCUUGACAUCAUCUCCAUGGCUGAUCUGACUGCAACUCCGGAUGAAAUUGAAAUGGAAAUGGCACGGAUUCAGCGGCUUCGGGAGGUGUUGGUCCGGAGGGAAUCGGAGCUCCGAUUUAUGAUAGAUGACAUUCAGCUGUGCAAAGAAAUAACGAAUCUAAAGCAGGAGCUCCAGAAAUUCGUCUCCAUUCCAGAAAAGGAUAAAGGCAAAGAGGACAAACAGAGGGAGGAUAUACUGAUCCAGAAAAUCCAGAAAUUGGUGGAGAAAAGGGACUUCCUGGUUGAAGAUGCAGAAGUGGAGAGAUUAAGAGAAAGAGAAGAAGACAAGGAAAUGGAAGAAUUCCUCCAGUCAAAGUUAAGACCACUAAAACAUGUAACUAAAGCACCUCUGGACACACCAAAAGAGAUAUCGGCUGUUAAUGAACCUCCUCCAAACAAACCAUCAGUCGCCAAAGCUGGAAUGGCCUUAAUCAAAGAUUGCUGUGGAACUACGCAAUGCAAUAUUAUGUAGUUCCCGCUAAUUAUGUUUGCAUCUCGUCUCUCAGUGUUUGUGAAAGAGAUUGGCACCCAAGCUGGAUGAACAGCUGACCAUACCAUACUGAGGUACAACACUGCAUUGAAGUGAGUCUGCCCUUCAUGCAUGGAUCACAAACUCUGCAUGCUGAAAAGGAAAACGCAUCUUGUUUCCAGUGGUAGAAUAAGAACUUUUUUUAUACCUGGCAUGUGUGAUAACAAAGUAGUUUAUGAAAUUGUUCCAGAGGUAAAAACACGACACAAUGCACACACCACUUCUAAAACCUCCUACCUACACUGAUAGGAUGUUACAGGGCUUUCAUGGAACAAAUCUUCGAGGCUUAUUUCAUACGAUUCUCUAGAUUCUGCCAGGCAUUUCAGCUUGGGACACCAAACAAUUACAACACUUGCCGUGAAAGAGCACAUUCAACUACUGAAAGUCAGGUAACCAAAUUUAAACUCAGUGACUUUACAUGCUUGGAGACAAAUUCUCUUCUGUAGAGACCAAGUAGAGAUUGUGACGUAUCAUAUUUUAAAAUGUGUUCUUAUUGUGUUACAAUCAAGUGUUUCCUUAUUGAUAACUAGGGGAUUGUUAAUGUACUAUAAAGGUAAAUGGAGAUGUGUCUGUCAUAGAGCAGCAGCAUUGAUAGAACUUUGCAAGUUAGUUCUGAAAUAAAAAGAUCUAAGAAUUCAAGAGUUGGGGUUUGCGGAAAAGAUAUUCAUCUUUGGGUGGGACAAAAGUUGGGUGGAGGUUGAUCACUGUUAAAGUUGAAUUUCUUCCCCACGUUCUUUGAAGUACGUAAUUAGAUCAAAUAAUAUUUAUAUUUCUUAUUUAUAUUCUUGUUGGCUAUGUUUGAAUAAAAGUUUGUUUCCUUCCUUUGUGCACCACUUUCUAUGCUCAGCACAAAAGCAACUGGUUACUGUCAGGCACUCGCUGUAGAAGGCAAGAAAGAGGAUGGUGGGCUAAUGAAAUGUGACAGAACCAGGCAAUGCUAAAACUAAGUUUAAAGCAUAUGUGCACUCAUCUGAACUUAGAGGAAAAUAAACUUUUGUCUCUCUCCCAACUAAUUGUCGUCCUUGUAUUUAAAUGCUAUCAAAUUCUCUAAUAUUUGUCAUUAUUUAAUGUUGAAUCUUUUAUCCAUUUCGAAGGUCUAUUUUAAUGAAAUGUACAAUUAUCGAAAAGUGAUUAAACAGUUGUGUGUUUAGAUCUUGAAUAUAAUAAAGUUAUUUGCUUGGG